AGAACAGCGCAGCUUCUUUCUUCACUAAAUGCAAACAAAAAUGGAGCUGUGUCAUAUUUUAACGGUUGAAGGAUUUGAUAUACAUUAUCAAAUGUAUAUUUGUAAGAUUUUAUAUAUAUUAUCAAAUCCUACAACGUGUUAGGAGCACGUAGGAAUUUCUAACACAUUCCUACGUGUUAGCAAUGUUUAAAUAUUGCGGGUUAGCUGCUAAUGCUAGCAACGCUCCUGCAGGCGCCGUUACUACGCGGCUUAACGUCUGACAGGACCUGUGAAAGUGACCUCUGGAGAUUGGGCCGUGAAAAAGAAAUUUGAUCUCCAAGCAGCAAACGGAAAGCGACUGACCAGUAGCCUGCUGUGCUGUGGACCAGUGAAAGGCAGAAAUGGGUGUAAAAGGUCUGCAGAGCUUCGUGGAGCGAUGUUGUCCAGAGGCGUGUGUUACAGUGAGCCUGAGAGACAUGGCCAGACAGCAUGUCACCAGAAACCAGCAGCGCUGCUCUUCUAACAUCACCAGUCCCACACUUGUUGUUGACGGCAUGUCCUGCCUCUCCCACUGGUACUCACGAAUGAACUGGGUGUGUGGAGGCCAGUGGACGGAGUACAUGGAGGUCCUGAAGAAAUGGGUGGAGGCUUUUACCUCUGCAGGCAUCAAGUUGGUUUUUUUCUUCGAUGGAGUCGUGGAAGAGCAGAAGAGACCAGAGUGGGUGAAAAGGCGACUCAGGGUGAACAAGGAUAUUGUAAAAAUAUUCAACCACAUUAAGCAACAUGGAGAACAGCCGGGUCAACAGCUCUCUUGUCUGCCAUCCGCUCUGGCAACAUUCACUCCUUUAGCUCUCAGGUCACUGGGUCAGGACGUGUUCUGCUCAGUGAGAGAGGCGGACUAUGAAAUUGCCAGCUAUGCUUGUUGCCAUGGCAGCAUGGGGAUUCUGGGACAAGACACAGACUUCAUCAUAUAUGACAGUGCCCCCUACUUGUCCGUGGCAAAGCUGCGAAUAAAUGGCCUAACGACGGUCAUGUAUGACCGGCAGAGGCUCUGCAGAAACCUGGGGCUGAGUGUGACCCGGCUGCCCCUGCUGGCCUGUCUGCUGGGUAAUGAUGUGGUUUCAGAGGAGCUCAUGCAGCACAUCAGGAGCAGUGCUGUGGCAGCAUACAGGAGAACAAAUCCGGCACCGUAUUCUGGUCCUCCUCAGGGCGAGGUAUUCCUGGCUGUAGCCCAGUUUGUGAGCUCUUUGUCUGCUUCUGCAGAGGAAGAAACUGGACUUAUCCCACAUUCCCUGAACGUAGCAUCUUCACAAAGAGAGCUACUGAAGAAGGGAAUCUGCUCCUACUUACUUCCUGGACACAAAGAUUAUGAACUGGUUGACAUUUCUGUUCCGCCCUCUGCCUUUGAGAAAUACGUUAGUCCUGAGAUUUUAAAGGCAUGUAGAGAGAAACAUGUAGCGGCGGAGGGUUUCAUGGUUUACAGUGUUGUGUGCGCUGGAGUCACCGAAUGCAGCAACUCUCUGGAGGACGAAGAGGACGAGGAACUGCUGCCUCAGGCCCUCGUCUACAAGCCGUGCAGACAGCGCAUCUAUGGUUUGCUGCUGCUGCUAGGAAAAGAUGGCAGCUCUGUGGAUGCUCCAGCCAUCAGGGAAUGGUUCGUCUUCCCCGGAAACCCUUUGAAAGAAGCUGACACGGUCCAUCCUGUCCCCAUUAACAUCCCCAGUGGUCAACCCAGUCAGGACCUGUUAUGGUUUAGCUCUGGUCCUGAGGUUUCUGCUCUUCGCCUUGCAGCCUUCCUUACAGUCUUUGACUGCCUUCACUAUUCUGACUUGCAUGGAGAGAUUGGAGACUCUCUCCUGGCGGCUCUUUGUCUCGUCACAUACAUCGUCCUUCAGGUAGAGACUCUGUCUGAGGAGGACGUAGAUGCAUACCUGAGUCAGGCCGUGUGUCUGAGGCUGAAGUCGCCCCUGGAGCUUCGGCAGAUCGAGCUGCCUGUCCUUUCGAGUCGAGCUGUGCAGCUGGGAUCGCUCUACGUCCGAGGACUGAGCCACCUGCUGGGAGCCAGCAACGCCAGCGGCUGUGCGCUGCCCAGCGCCGCUCUGAUGCCUUGGCACGGCUUUGACGGACGGCUGUUCCACUCCAAGUACCUGCUGGCACACAGCGGCGCGGAGAAGUCCGAGCUGCUGGACAGAGAUAUGUUCUGCCUUUCUGAGUUUGUUCAGCUGAAGGAGAAACUUCUGGAAACCUGCAGGAAGAGAGGCAGAAUCCUCCAGUCGAGACCCAGAGAAACACAGAAAAACCUUCGAUGCUCCAACACUUCAGGUUUCCCUUCAGGAGCUGAUCGGGGCUGGAGAGGCGAGACCAGAAGAGACCUUCAACAUGGACAAACAUGGAGGCAAAGAGAGGCGGCGUGUGGAGAACAAAGCGGCUACGAAAACCCAGAAACACCGCAGUGGAGAGCAGAUCACAGAGGGGGAGGUCAAAGUUUCCAUUCACAUCGCUCUAACUCCUACGAAGGUCGACCCCUGAACUGGAACCGGCAUCCGAAACAGAACCGAGGUCGGCUGCAUCACAACAGAGGGAGAUACCAGCUGGCUCCCAGAUGGCAACACCCUCCUGCUCCCUGAAUACAACAGAAGCUUGAAGAGAGAGGAACUUAGGAUUAAAGAGAACGACUUGAUAAAAAAACGAUGUGAUGAAUAGGAGGAGUGGAUCAAAUUCCUCUGAACAAACUGAUUAGUGGAUGAUCCCUUGGGAAUGUUUGUCUAAAGGAUGGAGCAGGAAGAGAAACGGAGCCUAAACAGGAAACACAAUGGUGAUGGAGCCAUGGUAUGUUCAAAAGAAAUCCUGCAGUCUCUACUUUAUACCAGCAAAACCUUUUAUAUUUAAGGACAAAAACAUUUAAACAAGACCAAGAACUAAUAAAAAUAAAGCUUAAUUUACCACGUACGUUUAUGGUUUGACUCGGAGCUUGGCUCUGUCUCUUAUCUGUCACAAAAGGAAAAUCUGUGUAUUCAGGGAAAUAGUCCUUCCUACAGUAAUGGGCUUUAGAGAAAACAUGAUGCUGGUGUCAGAUAUCAAAUCCACCACAGCUGGAACUUGGCCAAAUAAAAGUGUCUUUAAUGCUAAUAGAAACAAAUUAUUUGUUCAUACUCUGAAAAUAAAUGACAACAUGCCAAAUUUUAUCCAAGAGUGUUUUAAGUUACAAUUUAUUUCUAAAUUUGAUAACAAUUUGAAUGAGUCUCAGUCCUGCAGGGGACUUUUACUUUAGCUCCAUUGGAGACAUCGUAUAAGUUAUUCUAUUGGCCUGUGUAGCUAAGCUAAUGUUUUUAAAUACAUUUCUUAAAAUAUAUUCUCAAAUAUUUUAUAUUUCCAAAGUGGAAACCAUGAAAUACAGACACUUCCAAUAGCUUUAACCAAACACUUGUAUAGAUAUUAAACAGUUAGUUGUUUUUUUUUGUUGUUGUUGUCAAAUUGGUUAUAAAAUUAACUAUUAAGUUUUCGUCUUUUACUGCUGCAAGUCAUUUUUGCACAAUGUGGAAUAAAAUUUAUACAUAUUUGUAUUUUUUUUUUCUUAUGACACCCCUGGAGGCCUCAUUAUUAUUAAUUAUGUAAUUAAUAUCAGCAAAACCACACUGUUUCAAUGCAGGAUGAGUUGGAAUCUGUCACAAAAAUGGUCAUAGUGCCCUUAUUCUUAUCCAGUUUAUAAAAAUUUACAUUAAAUCUGAGAAAGUUACCAAAGUUUCACUCAGUAAAAUAUGUAUCUGUCUGGAUAUAAAGUUUGUUUUCUGUGAAGUGAAUUUCUCUUAUAUGUUGGCCAAUUAUUUAAUUUUACAUAAUUGCUGCUAAUUAUUAUUCUUCAUAAAAUGGUUCAUCCUAUCUAAUGAUUGUUAUGAAUGUUUUCUACAGAAACGAGGCAAUUCGUCCAGUUUUUGUCACUCAUUGAACUUUUAAAAAUCACAGCACAACAAGGAAGGGAAAAUAAUGCAGAGUUGAAUUGUUUCAUGUUCAUGAGGAUGAUCGACAGCGCUAAGACCCACCUCCUGGCUCUGAUUGGUUGUUUCUAGUUAGCACUGGGAGAAAGCAAAGGAGCUUGAUUUUUUUCACUGAUUAUCUCAUUAUCUCUCAUAUCAAAUUGUCGCAGCAUAGUGACAGUUUCAACUAAAAUAUAAAAAAUAUUGUUAGGAAAGUUACAGUAUUUGUGUUAGGAGUGUCACAUAAAAUCCUGGCCAGCAUUAUUAUUCCUAUGCAGUGGAAAAUAAAGCAGGGAAAGUUUUCCAACUGAAGUGUUUUGUCUUUGUUCGGUGUG